UAUUUAUUUGAUUGCUUUAGGUAGCAGAAACACAGAGAUACGCCAACAUGGCUGCUAAACAAGCAAACGUCCAGUAUUCCAAUGAGGACUUGGAACCUCCAAUCCUAUCCAUCGAAGAUGCUAUCGCAAGGUCAAGUUUCUUUGAUCUGCCUCCCGCAAUCUAUCCUAAGCAGAUCGGUGAUCUGACCAAAGGAAUGGAUGAAGCUGAUCAUAAGAUUCUCUCAGCCGAGGUUAAACUUGGUUCCCAACAUUAUUUUUACAUGGAAACACAAACAGCUCUUGCCAUUCCAGAUGAAGAUAACUGCAUUGUGGUUUACUGUUCAACUCAAUUGCCCGAGCAAACCCAGGGUGUGAUUGCAAAAUGCCUUGGAGUACCGGAGCAUAAUGUUCGUGUAAUUACAAGAAGAGUCGGAGGAGGUUUUGGCGGGAAAGCACUACGAGCCGUGCCGAUAGCAGCCGCAUGUGCUCUUGCAGCAUUUACAUUGCAUCGUCCAGUUAGGAUGUACCUUGAUCGCAAAACAGAUAUGAUAAUGAUAGGAGGACGACACCCAAUGAAAAUAAACUAUUCUGUGGGUUUCAAGUCUGAUGGGAAGAUUACAGCCUUGCACAUUGAUUUAUUUAUAAAUGCAGGCAUGACAAUCGAUCUUAGUCCACUUAUUCCAUCUGCUGUUAUAACAGCUUUGGAAAAGUACAAUUGGGGUGCUCUCUCUUUCAAUAUCAAGUUAUGCAAAACGAAUCUUACAAGUAAAUCAGCCAUGCGAGCUCCAGGAGAUGUACAGGGAUCUUAUAUUGCUGAAGCUAUUAUUGAACAUGUAGCAGCUUUCCUAUCCAUGGAUACUGAUUCUGUCAGAAGGAAAAAUCUGCACACCUACGAAAGCCUUAGGUCAUUUUAUGGACCCAGCAGUGGUGAUGCUUCAGAAUAUACUCUACCUGGUAUAGUCGAUGAAUUGGCUUCAACAGCCAGCUAUCUGCAACGCCUUGGAAUGGUCCAAUAUUUCAAUAAUUGCAAUAAGUGGAAAAAACGAGGAAUAUCCUGGGUACCUAUUAUAUACCGUGUUACACCAAGGCCGACGCCAGGGAAAGUAUCUAUUCUAAAUGACGGCUCAGUAGUUGUUGAAGUUGGAGGUGUUGAAAUAGGCCAGGGGCUGUGGACAAAGGUAAAGCAAAUGGUAGCAUUUGUUCUUGGACAGCUUUGGGAUGACGCAAGUUUAAAUCUUUUGGAUAAGUUGAGGAUCAUCCAAGUAGAUAGUUUGAGUUUGAUUCAGGCAGGUUUUACUGGUGGAAGCACCACAUCUGAAUCAAACUGUGAAGCAGCUCGUCUUGCUAGUAGUAUUCUAGUCAGCAGAUUGAAGCCACUCAAGCAAAGUUUAGAAGAACAAAUGGGUUCAAUCUCAUGGGAAACCCUAAUUUCCCAGGCAACUAUGCAAGCAGUGAACUUGUCAGCAAGUGCUUUUUGGGUCCCUGAGAAUAAAUUAGACUAUCUGAACUAUGGAGCUGCUAUAAGUGAGGUGGAGGUUGAUAUUCUUACAGGAGCUACUACCAUCUUAAGGACAGAUCUUACUUAUGACUGUGGGCAGAGCUUGAAUCCUGCUGUGGAUCUAGGACAGAUUGAAGGUGCCUUUGUUCAAGGAAUUGGGUUCUUUUUGUACGAGGAACAUGUGGAAAACUCAGAUGGCUUGGUAGUUUCAGACGGUACUUGGACAUAUAAGAUCCCUACCGUCGACACCAUCCCGAAGCAAUUCAACGUCAAGCUAAUGAAAAGUGGACAUCACGAGAAGCGUCUACUUUCCUCAAAGGCUUCCGGAGAACCACCACUGCUUCUGGCUUCUUCAGUUCACUGUGCGGUUCGAGAAGCGAUUAGAGCUGCUCGGGCCGAGUUCUCGUCCAACGACGAUAAACAUUCCACAUCAACAUUCCAACUCGACGUUCCAGCAACCAUGCCAGUAGUGAAAGAGUUGUGUGGCCUAAACACGGUGGAGAAGUACUUGGAGACUUUGGCGUCUUCUCAAGGGAAAGUGGAAGCCUAACAAGCUUGACUUGGUAUAUACAGAAGCAAGAUCAGAUACAAUAUAGUGAUUUCCAGGCAUCCUUUAUUCACUCGAACAAAUAGUUAUAUAUCUAGUGAGUGAUUCCUAAUCUAGUUAUAUAUUUGCUUUGU